CAUAUCACCAAGACCUCUGGUGUUUAGAUUUGUUGAAAUGUUAUUUUUUUCUGUUGCAUUUUUGAACAUUCUCAGUGUUGAACAAUAAUAUUAAAUGAACAACUUAAUCUUAGUUUUACACCGAGAGAGAUUCGUUAAAAGUUACAUGCUCGUCUAGUGAAACAAACAUGAAUAUCUAAAGUGAGCUCACUAUGAUUUAUCAUCCGAAUUCAACAUUUUCCUUAUCAAUUUUUGAGAAAUAAACUUUUUCUUGAUAAUAACAAACUCAAUGUUCACCUGAACAUAUAAAACUUUGAUUCGAAUCAAUUAUCGAACUGACUAGAGUUCAAUUUGUGUUUUAAUUGUUCUCUUUUUCUCUCUUACCUGUGAUUUAAUUCACUGAACAAUAAGUGAAUAUUUAUAUUUGUGAUAUUCUUUUUCCUUAUUUUCUCUGAUACCGAAAGAUGAAAAAAGUUCUGGAAAAUUGGAAAAUAAUAUUGACAGUUUACAAUCUUUUUAAAUUGUGCCCUCACUGCUAAUUGUUGAAAUUGUGAUUUAAAACUGAGAAUAAGCAAAAUUGGAAUAUGAUUAUUAUCAAAUUGUUAUCGAUUUCUUUUUCGUCAUUAAUGGUUGAAGAAAAAAAGAGAUGAAGAUGAUCAAAUUAAAGAAAAGGAUAAGAGUUGACAAAGAAAAUGUUAUCCUGACAAUUUCUGUGAAUUAAAAUCUAUUGUUUAUCAUUCGAUAUCUAUGUGUGUCUCUUUAUAUGUUUAUGUGACCUCAUUUAUCUUAUUAUAUCAUUAAUCUUAUCAUCUUUAUCAUUUUCAUCAUCAUCAUCUCCUUAUUAUUAUUAUUAUAUAUCUGAUAAGUCAAUUGUUGUUAUCAUUAUAUUGAUAUGAUUAUUAUUAUCAUUACUAUUGUUAAGUGUCAACUCGUUGGGUAGGGAUAAGGUUUGGACAGGCUUUUAACAAGGCUGUUCAAUCCUCCCCCUUAAUCAUCAUCAAGAUCACCUCUUUUACCAUAUCAUCCAUCAUGCAACGGAUUAAGGAUAGUUUACGUAAAACAUCAUCACGUGACUCCUUAGAUUCAACCUCUUCGACAACAUCACUCGAACCAAAAGAUCAACAAGUGCCAAGCUCACCAGCAAAGAGUCAAUAUCAAUCUCACCAACAUCAUCAUCAUUUACUUCGUGCACCCUCAUCACCGACUCCAAGUUGCUCGGGAUCAUUUUCUAGUGCCAAUUCUAGUCAUUCAAGGCCUAAACCUGGAUCAUUAGGUCCAGGUUUAGGUUUAGGUUCUAGUCUUGGUUCCAGGUUGGGCCAUGUUAGCUCAUCGUCGACUUUAUCCUUACUCUCUGAUCGUCGAGAUGAGGUUACUUUUGAAACAGUUCGAAUUGUCCCUCGAAGUGCUCGAAGUGAAGAGAUAACAACAACUCCUGAAUCAGAUGAAUCUUUAACUCCAAGUUACAAUUUUCCUUCCACUUCAUUUUCCUCUUCCUCUCCUUCUUGCCUCCACCAAACAGCAACAGCCCCAACACAACCAUCCCCACCACCACCGCCAACAACAACAAUAAUAGCUACUACAGCAUCCAACAAAGAGGUUGGAGGAUCUCAAGGUACCUAUGGAUCAUCACCAGUUCACCUUUCACCUAAUAUGCAACCUUGUGGUUCGCCCUCAUUACAAGCUAAUCAAUUUCUGUCAACCAAUUCUCCAAACCGAUCAGGUCGAUCUCGUUCAUUUGAUUCGGCUGCCGCUUCAGCUGCAGCAUCAGGAUCAAAUGAUGGAUCGACUAACCGUUCAGGCAAAACUUACAUUAAAACAACAUCAACUUUCCUUGAACUUCCCAAAUGGAAGAUGCUAGUUCGUAAUAAGAAUUCAUCUUCAUCAUCUACAUCAGUUGCUCCCUAUGAGCGAGAUUGUGUUCAUUGCAUGUUAAUGCACGAAAUUAGUAAAGUCUCAACACUCACCGUACCCUCUGUAUCCACACCUUAUAUUGGUUCAAGUAGUUAUGGUAGCAUGUUGAGUGAUAACAUUUCAACCUCAUGUUCACCUCCACCCUCAUCAUCACCUUCAGUAAGUUCUGAGGGUUCAGUAGUUGAAGAUUCAGAUUCCGAGUCAAUGGGAUUAAGAACUGCUUCCCUUGGACAAAGUGAAUCACUUGAAGAUGAAGUUUUAUCUGAGAUACUUGACCCUGCAAAUCUGCCGACCGUUACUUUGAGCUUGGCACCGGAAAUUCAAAUAAUUGAAACGGAAGAAGAUUCUGGUUUAACUGUUAUCUCUUUAGAGGUUCCAGUCCUUCCAAAAUCAGGUAGAUCAGCAUCAGUUGAUUCUUCAUAUCUUCAAGUACCACAAAGGACCGAUAUUGGAAUCGGAGAAUCACCACCAGUUAAAGCUCAGCGAUCACGAUCAGUAGAUGUCGCACUUCCAGUUGGUCCUGAUGGACCUUACAUUGUAGUUCCAACGGAAAAACCUCAGCCCAUUAUUACACAGAAAGCAAUACAAGGUGAAAUCAAAAUUUCAACCGAAAACGGUGAAACUCGAACACUUCGAAGUGCUCCUGAUUGGGGGGAAACUGCUAUUAACGGGGACCAUUUAUGGGUAUCAACGAGUGCCUCUGGGGAUCUCUGUUAUGUCGGUGAAAAUGAAUGCUCAAAACAAGGUCCAAGACUUUGUUGUCCAGCCUGUAAGAUUACAGCUCACACCGGAUGCAUCGGGAUCUUGAUCGAUAAAAUUAAAUUUCAUUGCAAACCAACAUUCAAAGAUGUAGGAGUGCGACAAUAUCGUGAACAAACGAUGAUCCAUCACCAUUGGGUCCAUAGGAGGCAUCAAAAGGGUCGAUGUCGUCAAUGUGGUAAAUCAUUUCAAUCUAAAUUGUCUUUCGGUAAUAAGGAAAUUGUCGCAAUCAGUUGUUCUUGGUGUAAAACUGCCUAUCACAAUAAGGAAAACUGUUUCACCAUGGAAAGAAUCACAGAAACAUGUAAUUUAGGAAUUCAUCGAGAUUUAAUUAUACCCCAUUCAUGGAUUGUUAAAUUACCACGAAAGGGUUCAUUCAAAUCGUCUAUUCGUCGAUCUCCAAAAAAUAAACGAUCUUCAUCUAAACGUCGAGCCAAGAAAGAAGAUGCUUCGUCUUUGGUUACCGUUACUUCAAGUGAGCUUAGUCAUCAUCUUCCGGUUCAUUCGUUAUCCUCAUCACCUCCUCCACCUCCAUCAGGUUCAAUUUCAUGUUCUUCUGGUAUUGCAACUGCAUCUUCAUCAUCAACAACUUUAUCCUCUUCAUCUCACCAAUUAAUUCAACCGUCUUUAACCUCAUCGUCCAAUCAAGGGUCAUCUUCAUCUUCCUCUUCCAUAACAACCAAUCCUGGACUGGUCACUCAAUCUCAACUAAUUUCAUCGACAACGGGUGACCACAUCCUGGGAACAGGUCCACUGCCUUGUGGAGCAACACCAUCACCACCACCUUCAUCUACUCCUGGUGUAGUUUCAGCUGAACCAAGACCUUCCCUUUGUGCUCCAGGUCAACAUCGGUCAUUUGCCAUUAAACCAAUUCCAUCACCCGAUUCAAAGCCUUUACUGGUUUUUAUUAAUCCAAAAAGUGGUGGUAACCAAGGGUCCAAAUUGAUGCAAAAAUUUCAAUGGUUACUUAAUCCACGACAAGUUUUUGACCUUACACAAGGUGGACCACGUCCAGGUCUUGAAUUAUAUCGUAAAGUGCCAAACCUUAGGAUAUUGGCCUGUGGAGGUGAUGGAACCGCUGGUUGGAUACUCUCGGUUCUUGAUGAUAUUGGAUUUAAACCUUCACCUCCGAUUGCUGUACUUCCUGGAACUGGUAAUGAUCUUGCUCGAGCACUUGGUUGGGGUGGAGGUUAUACCGAUGAACCAGUUUCCAAGAUAUUACUUAACAUUAAAGAUGGUGAAGUUGUGCAACUUGACCGUUGGGAUGUUAAGGUUACUCGUAACACUGAAUUAAACCUAAUUGAACAAGCUUCAGAUACGCCUGAGGGUGGUAAAGAAUCGUUACCUCUUAAUGUGAUUAAUAAUUAUUUUUCCAUUGGUGUUGAUGCUCAUAUUGCCCUUGAAUUUCAUGAAGCUCGUGAAGCUCAUCCAGAGCGUUUCAAUUCUCGCCUUCGGAAUAAAAUGUUUUACGGUCAAGCGGGUGGUAAAGAUUUACUUCAACGUAAAUGGAAAGAUCUGGCCACUUAUAUUACCGUUGAAUGUGAUGGUGUUGACCAUACGCAACGAUUAAGAGACCUGAAAGUCCAUUCACUUUUACUUCUCAAUAUCCCCUGUUACGGAGGUGGUACUCGACCUUGGGGCAGUGCAUCGCCCUCCUUUGAACUACCAAGAACCGAUGAUGGACUGAUUGAAGUAAUUGGCCUUACAACCUAUCAACUGCCUCUUCUUCAAGCCGGUGGCCAUGGGUCGUGUGUAGCUCAAUGUAAAGAGGCCAAAAUAGUUACACGGCGAACGAUUCCUAUGCAAGUAGAUGGUGAACCCUGUCGAUUAUUACCUUCCGUCAUUAGGAUUAAGGUCAAAAAUCAAGCAAAUAUGAUUGCCAAAUCUAAAUCUCAUUCGCAGAUCAUUUCAAUGCCAACUUUGGAUCGAGAGAUAAUCGUUGAUGUAAGAAAGUUAAAUUUAACCGAUUAUGAAACUUUCCAUUAUGAUAAAGACAGACUUCGAGAUGCAUCAAUACCUCUUGGUAAACUUAAUAUUAAUCCCGAUCUCGAAUUGAAUCAUGUUCGUGUUUUAAUCAUUCAAAUGGUCCAAGCUCAACGAAAAGGAUCAACGGCCAGUCAAAAGAUGAAUGAAACACCAGAUUCAGAAGUGAAAAGAUACCGAAUGGAAAGAGCCUUUGAACUGUCAACUGAUUGGUGUUUCGUUGAUUCUUGUACUGCUGAACGAUUUUUUCGCAUCGAUCGAGCCCAAGAGCAUUUACAUUAUGUGGUAGAUAUUUGUAAUGACGAUCUUUUCAUUCUUGAUCCCGCUGAUGACAAUUAUCGUGAUGAUACAAGUACACCAAGUGUACCAACCUACGUGGGCACCAAUAGUCCAGCGAGCGGUAUUAGCGAGGGAGGUGAUGAGACACCCUUACCAAUAGAUCAAAGCCAAUUGGGUGAUAACAAUAAUACAAUUGUACUUUUCAAACCGCCAAACGCAGGUAAAGAAACGGGUGAUCUAAAUACACCAUCAGAUACAAUUCAAUCAACACUGUCACCUUCACAAUCCUCGUCGUCACCAACAUCAUCAUCAACACAACCACAACCACCAUCAACAACCACAACCACAACAACAACAACAACAACAACAACCACCAGUGCUCUUAAAAAUGAAUCAAUUAUGAGUGAUAAAGAGUUCGCAUGUUACCAGGCCACUUUCAAUGAACGGGAAACGACAGUUUAACGAAAAGAGAAAAUGAUUUAAUUAAUUAAUCAACAUCAUCAAUAUGUAUCUCAUCAACUUGGUCAUCAUUCAAUUAGUCAGUUAAUUAGUUAAUUCAAUUUGAGAGACACGAUUAACUGUUAAUUGUUGUUGAUUGGAAAAAGCCAGAAACUAAAUCAAUGCAAAUUUAAAUCCAUCUACACAUUAUAAUUAUUAUUGAUUAUUAUUAAAUCACUCUAAUUAAUUAUAAAUAAUAUAAAUAUUUAUAUAUAUUUAACUAUCAAUACAAUUGUUAAUUGUUAUAAAUUUCAACAAACCCUGUUAAUUGUUAAUUGUUUUGUUGAUCAUUUUUACUAAUCAUCAUCACAACAGGAAAAUUAUUGUUAAUUGUUAUCAUUUGUGUGCCUCUUUGUUUUCCCGCCUCAACCUUAUUUUAAAAUUCAUUUGUUAAUUUACAUUCCAAACAAUUAGGAUGGUUAAUUGAUUAAUUAAUCAGCAAUUUAAUAUGUUAAUUCUUACAAUAAUUUGCCAUCACCAGUUUAAUGUCGCAAUUAUUUGGUCUCAUUAUGAUUAUCAUGUACUGUAUAUCUUUUCAUUGGUGGCAAAGUUUACAAUUAACUAAUCACUUGCAUCAUCAUCAAUUGAUUAUUAGAUUGUGAACAAUUUGAUCGUUGAUUGUCUAAUUGUAUCAAUCAAUCAUUAAUCAUCAUCUUCUAAUUGUUUCAACACUUUUGUCAAUUGAUUGUAAAUUUGUUUCUAUUGUAAUUAUCACAUUUAAGUUGUUAGUUUUAAUCUAAUUGUAAUCAUUUAGAAUUCACAAUCAAUCAGAUUGAUUAAUGUAUAAUCAAAGUGUGGAAAACUUUUCACAAUUAAGAUGGAAAAUAUAUCAACUGACCAAUUGGAUGACCACCAUCAAGGAUCAUCAAGAUGAUUGUGGAUUCUCAAGUUGUGAUAAUCAUGAAAAUCUGAUCACAAUCAACGAUGAUAAUAAUCAAGAUGAUUAACAUUUAUUGGUGAAUUUUUUUAUAUUCAAAGAAGGAGGAAAAUCAAUUACAAGGAAAUUGGUGUAACAAUUACAAUCAAAUCAAAUAAAUGAUGAUACAAAUCACAUGGAAAUUAAUUUGAUCAAUGGUCAUUUUCAUGGUCAUCAGUUUUGUCUAUUGUCAUUGGUCAGCAUCUUUCAACUUUGGUCAGUUAGCAAUUAUUAUGAUGACCAAAUAAUCCUGAUAAUCAACUGGUCACUAAUAUUUACCUGAGCUAUCAUCAUGAAGAUGAAUCAUUAUCAUCAUCAUCAUCCAUCAUCUCCUCAUUUGUUUACCUUUUUUUGAUGAUUAUCUUCAUCUUAAUCAGCCAAUCAUCUUAAUUGAACAAAUGAAAGUCAAUUCUGGAUGAACACUCAAAGGAACCAAGGUGAUAUUAAUAUAAUCUCAAUGGUAGUGACCACUUAACUGACCAGUACUAUGGACUUGACAAUGUUAUUUUAAUAAUCACAAUCCAAUCAAUUCAAUCAUCAUUUGAAUCCAUUUUUUUUGUUUCACUUAAUUGUUUCACUACUGUUUACAUUAAUCAAUUGAUUGGUUCUUGAUGAUUAUCAAUUAUUAAUUUAUUCAUGAUAAACAUUUACGAUUAUGUUUAUAUAUUAAUUUAAUCAUCAUCACAAUUUGGAUUAUCAAUUGAAAUUAAUAAUUAAUCACCUGAAUCUUAAUCACACUCGAGCUUUUCUUUUCUAAUUACAAUUUGUUAAUACACUUAAUUACUAUUGGAGAGGUAAUCUGUUUGCUUAAUUGUUUCUCUUCACCAAAUUGCAAUUUACCAAAUUGUCCUUAAUCAUCUCUAAAUUGUAAAUCAACAUGCAAAUUUGUUCAGCUUAAAACAAUCAAACAAUAUUGUACUUAAUUGUAUGUAAAUCUAUUUCCACAACUAAAAGUUAAUUACUAAUUGGAAAGUAACAACAAUUAAGUAAACAACAAUUUACUAAUUUUCCAAUGACAAGAAAACAACAACCACAAGGAAAUCGAUAAUUUAUUUAAUUGUUACUCUAAUUUACUAAAAACUGGAUGCAAGUUUGAGUUGAUUUAAUUGCCAAUCAACUUGAACAAUAAUCAGAAUCUACUGUUAACCUAAACAUAAACUGCAAACUUUUAAUUGUUAAUCAACAUUGUGAUUAUUUAUAUGAGAAAACCAAAUCAAAUCAAAAGUCCGCCUAAAAAUCAACAAUUUAAACUUAAUCACUUUUUUUAAUCACUCUCUCAACUAAUCAGCUCUCUCUCUCUAAUUGUAACAAUUUACCUCGCAAUUGUAAUCAAUAGAUCUGGAAUCUUUUUAAAUCAUCAAUAAUUGAUAUCUAAUUAUAUUUACCAAUGCAAUUUAUUAAUCAUCAUCACCAUUAAUUAUAAUAUAUUGGCUGGUAUCAAGCCAUUGGAUUAACGAAGGAGGAAACUGAAUUGAUUGUCACAAUUAACAAAUGGAAACUUCAAAUUAAUCCAAUUAUAUUAAUCCAGUUAUCGAGUACGUUUUUUGUACUCGUUAAUUUUGGUAGUUUCAUUGAAACGAUUGUAAUUAAUUUAACUAAUUAACGUUCAUCAAUGGACACAAAUCACAUCUCAUCAGCAAUUUAAUCACAAUUAACAUAGUUAUAAUUAUUACUGUUCUUAUUAUACAAUUAAUAUUCACUGACAACAUUAAUUAUUAAUACAAUUAACAAAUGACCUUAAGCAAUGGAUUAAACCUUAAUCACUAUGGAGAAGGAAAAAAAAAACUUCAUAAUUAAUCAUUAAUCAAUGGAAACAAUUAACUAAUAGUAAACUAAAUCAAUAUGAAAACUUUAACAUUCCUUUGAUUGUUAAAUUGUUAAACUGCAAAUUGAUCAACUCAUAAUCAAUUAACUUUAUCAAUUUGAUUGUUUUGUGUAUUCAAUGUGAUCAACAAUUAUAAUUUGGGUUAAACUUUAACUUUCAUUGGAUAACAA